CACGCGUUCGAUUUUUCACCGCUUUGAAAAGCAAGUUGUAGUUAAAAUUAAGGCUAAAGGAUUACUCUACCUGCAAACGUUGGGAUAACAUUCCGGCUUGAGGAAAAUUGAAACUCGUGCGGAAUAAUGGAAGUGCAUAUGGAGCCAAACGAAACGUUCAUAUCGUCGAUUGAUCCGCCAAUCGGUCGACCUUGUCUUCAGCAGCAGGUGUUCGUGAAAAAAACGGCACGCAACAAAAAACAAGCGAAGCCGGCAAUCGUGGCCGUUCCACUGGAGGAAGCGUUACGAACGGAGAUAAAUACCAACAACAUGAAAACGCCAAUAUCUGUGCUGCAGGAACUGCUGAGCAGGCGUGGAAUUACUCCGCAGUACGAUCUCAUCCAGGUCGAGGGAGCUGUCCACGAACCCACCUUCCGGUACCGUGUAUCUUAUCAGGAUAAAGAUGCAAUGGGAACGGGAAAAUCAAAGAAAGAGGCUAAACAUGCAGCGGCCAAGGCACUGAUAGACAAGCUCACCGGUAUGUCGUACAACGAGCAACAGACAGGCCAUCUGAUUGUGAAACCAGAGAACCUCAACAAUCACACUGCGAUGAGCGGUGAAGAGGAGCCAACCGGUAAUCCGAUCGGUUGGUUACAAGAAAUGUGCAUGGCAAGGCGCUGGCCGCCGCCGAUGUAUGAAACAGAAAUGGAGGUUGGGCUUCCUCACGAACGACAGUUUACGAUUGCGUGCGUCGUGCUCAAGUUUCGUGAGGUGGGUGAGGGCAAGAGCAAGAAGGUAGCUAAACGCCAGGCCGCCCAGAAGAUGUGGAUACGGUUGCAGGAUCAACCGAUGGAGUCAAACCAGAUCAUGCAGCUUCUUGAUGAAGACGGCAACGAAGAGCUACGACCGAGUGGCAUUAUUGGUCGAUUUGCCGGCUUAAAGAACGCCACCAUACCGAACCUCACGACAGCCCACGGGCAGAAGGUAUCACAGUUUCACAAGUCGCUGAAAUCGCGCGCUGGUGAAGCUCUCACCAACCUGCAGAACACAAGUCUAAGCGACAGUACGAUCGAUUUCAUUCUAAUGCUAGAAGACAUUGCCAGCGAACAACGAUUUGAAGUGACCUACGUCGAUAUUGAUGAGAAAACACACAGUGGCCAGUUCCAGUGUUUGGUGCAGCUCUCGACGAUGCCGGUGGCCGUUUGCCAUGGUACCGGGCAUACAGUGCGCGAUGCUCAACUGCUGGCAGCCCGCAAUUCGCUCGAGUACUUGAAAAUUAUGACCAAGUCAUGAAUUCCAUACGCAUCUUUCAUCGUUUAAGACACUUUCGUGGUUUUGUGUUGCAGUGAACCGUUUCGAAAGGUCAUGCUAUGUAGGUUAGGCACUGCUGAAGUGUGUCCUUUUAUCACUGAUUAACGCAAAAACAUACACAAGCAGCAGGAGCGAGGUGAACGAUAAAGUAGCGGCAACGGAAAACUGUGCUGAACUUGGCCGAGUAAUGCAGCAACAUUCCGCUGUGACUGCACUGCGUGGAAGUACCGUCCGCAGGUUGCAAAUACGCCCUGAAACUCCUAGAAUAGAGCAAGAAGGCGAGGACAUGUUCAGGGUAGAGAAGUUCGAGAGUAAAACGAAGGAUUUAUGGCUCCUACAGUUGCACACAAUUUUUACUCAUCCUUUUCUUUGAUUGCCUUAGUUUUCCUUCGUUUUUAGUAUAAAUUUAUUGUUACAAUAUUUUAUCUAGGCAUCAAAUAUUACUGCCCCUAUUGCAAUGAAUAUUUUUUUCGUAGCUACAAACUUUAUUUAAUUAAUUUAUUUAAUUUAACGGUGUGAACAGCUAAUAGCCACUGUUGGAUGAAAUCGUAACAUGAAGCGUAAUAUAGUCGAGUAAAAAUGUGUGCUUACCAUUCGCAUGCAGUAGUCAAGGGAUCACUUCCGGAAGCAGAUGUUACCGUCGUACAAGCUAUACUUUGCAUGGAACUAGUGGACUUUAUUUUCCAUACAGCUUGUCAUAAAAAUUACGACGAGAUGGCAUGCUCCUAAUCACAGUGGCACACAACGGGGAACAUCCCUCGUAUCCGGUGUCGAGCGAAUGUUUUGGCUAUAAUUCCCAAAACGACGAUAUUUUUGUGUUGCAACUAUUCAACGGGUUAGCAUAGCGAUAAUACUGGGUCAUGUAAAAAGUCUUGGUGCUUUCUUGGUCUUGUUUUGUGUGAUUUUUUGUACUUUAAGACCUUUUCAUAAAGUUUCUAUUUAUCACCACAAAUGAAAACCUUUCUUCAUUUUAUGUGUGACUAGAAACUUCUAUUCGAGUAGAACUUUUCAGCGAAAAUCUUUUCUCUUUUCCUAUCAUAAACGCUAACUAAUCACAAACCGCGUAAAUACAUUUACAUGACUUCAUAUACAGAUUCGAUUUUGUGACAUGGUGAGCCGUAGAGUUUAGUGCACGCUGCAUGUAUCAUUCAUACCAUCGGUACUACUUUUUUAUUCUCUAUUCAUUCUUCUUCUUUGGCGUCACAACCGCUGGGCGGUCUUGGCCUACACCAGAGACAUUGUUAAUAUCUCUGGUGCUAUUCGUAACUGUUUUUUUCAUACAUUUCAUUUUUUCCAUAAAUUUUCAUAACGUUUUUUUUUUCAUACACUUUGCUUACAAACAGAGGAUAAUUUAAGUUCCUCUUUGCUGGUAUAGCAACAAAAUCAGAAAAAACAGAAAAAAAUAUUCAGAAAUCAAUUAAUUUCUCUUCUAUUUCUAUUUUCUCGGACCAAAAACACGAACGUAAACACGUUUGACAUUUCGUUUUUAUAUUUUUGCUGCCACACGAAGCGUAUACGGUUUGGCAUUACAAAUUAAUCUUAAGCUAGUUUUCACGCCUCAUGUAACCCCCCAGUAACAGUUCAUUCUCUAUUCAUUAUCCAUCCUUAUUGGCUCUUAUUGUUUACGGGUUAACGUAUCUUUUUGCGACACCUAUUAGCUUGAAUGAUUUAUGAUGACGUAUAGUAUUUUAUAGUAAAGCAAAAUAUUUGUUCUUUCUUUCAUUUUUAUAUGCAUUUUUACCAACCAUACAUCACACUUACCAACCAUUACGAGCUCCGUUGAAGAGGUGAAACACGAAAGUAAAAUAUGCAUACGUAUUCGUACACCAACUCUGUAUCGGAGAGCUUUGUGUGGCUAAAAUACUAAUAAUAUGUACUACUAAUGGAAUUUUAUCUACACAAAACUAAAGUUGAUCUAAAUUGUAAACCCACAACCGGUAUAGAAUACACGAAAUAAAACUCUGCAUCAAGUCCAUUUUGUGUAGGAAAAUGGGCAUUAAUUUAAUGCAAAGUAUAGAGGUUGUAUAAUUAUGAUUCGAAUGAACAUUGCAAUCGAAGGUGAAAGUAUGCAGUUCGCUAUGCACUUGCAACCAAAGGGUGAAAAUGUUUAGCUCAA